AAAUGCCCAAGGGAAUUAGUCGCAAAUAGACUUAGUUUUACCCAAGCCGCUCUAUUGACCGUUCUAGCUGUUAAACGAACUUCUCCACAUCCAAGAUGGCUCCCGUCCAACUCCACCUUCAUUCUUAGAGCUGAUUAGUCAUGCUAGGAUCAUGCUAGGAUAACUUGAACAUUUUACGUCACGAUCCGUAAUCGUGGUAUAAGCCAUGAAUAAGGGAAGAUUCUGACAAAGCCGAAUAGAGCUACAUAGCGCACGUCAUUUCUACAACAUCUGAUUUGAAGACGCCUUGUUCCUCGACGAAGAAAGCUUCAAACCCAAAAGCUAUAAAAGGCGUCUUAGGUUUGGGGAGUCAUACAAGUCGACGUUCCCCGCAUUUAUGAAUAUAAUUACUCCUCAUUUCGCAGCUUUUCGUAUUGCGAAGCUAUCGUUAUCAUCACGUCUGAUUUCAACUUCUCUACAGUCUAGAUUACUGUUAAGAGGAAGCUACUCAGCUUUGAAUAUAAGAAUCAAUUCGACCUGGGGAAAGAAACAACAACAGGAUAAAGGCAUACUCGCGGGUUCAGCAUCGAAUCCCGUGAAGCAAAUCAGGAUGGCUUCUAAGAUCACAGACUGGGUCAAGCCCGGAGACCCUAGCGGUGAAUUCAAGCGUCUUAGCAGCACGUUCCGUAACUGGAUUUCUACGGAGCCUGGUGCGCAGUUCCCGCCUGAGAAGGGUCGGUAUCACCUCUACGUUAGCUAUGCUUGUCCCUGGGCUACGCGUACCUUAAUCGCGAGGAAGCUUAAGGGGUUGGAGGACUUCAUCUCUUUCUCCAGCGUGCAUUGGAAUAUGGGAGAGAAGGGAUGGCGAUUCGCUACUACAGAAGACAAGGACGCCGAAGGGGAAAACGUGAUCCCGGAUCCAGUUCCCGGGCACGAGAAGUACACGCACUUAAGCGAGCUAUACUUCGCAGCAGACCCAAACUACAAGGGGCGCUUCACGGUCCCGGUCCUCUUCGACAAGAAAGCCAACAUCAUCGUCAACAACGAGAGCAGCCAGAUCCUGCGCAUGCUCGGCACCGCGUUCGACGAGCAGCUGCCGCCAGAGUUCGCCAAGGUCGAUUUGUACCCCGAGGCGCUGCGGCCGCAGAUUGAGGAGGCGCACGAGUGGACGUACGAUGAUAUUAAUAACGGCGUGUAUAAGAGCGGGUUUGCGACUACCCAGGAGGCGUAUGAGAGGAAUGUUAGGGUGCUGUUUGAGGCGCUGGAUAGAGCUGAGAAGCAUUUGGAGGAGACGGGGGGGCCGUAUUUCUUUGGGGAUACGUUGACGGAGGUGGAUAUUAGACUCUUCGUAACACUGGUCCGCUUCGACCCGGUCUACGUGCAGCACUUCAAGUGCAACAUACGCGACAUCAGAUCGGGGUACCCGCGCCUGCACGACUACACGCGCAACUUGUACUGGAAGCACCCCGCGUUCAAGGACACGAACAACUUCCUGCAUAUCAAGAACCACUACACGCGUAGUCAUACGCAGAUCAACCCCCAUUCUAUCACCCCGGUAGGUCCGCUCCCGGAUAUCUUGCCGCUUGGGGAGGAGGUGGAGGCUGUGAAGGCUGCGCUGGGGAAGAAGUAGAUAUGGACUUUGGGGGUAGGGGAUGAUGGGAUGAUGGGAUGAUGGGAUGAUGGAGGUGUGGUGUGUACUAUCAUCCAUCGCUCCUUAGGUACCUGUCUGUACUAAUUCGUUGGUUUUAUAUCUGACCGGUUGGGAAUUCAAUGAAGCCAAAUUACAUACUAUUCUUACUUACCUACAAUGUAAAAAGAAGCAUGAUCUCAAAUGGUAGGUGUUUCUGGGAAAGGGUU